AAUUCUUUUUUGGUAUUAAAUAUGUACAAGGUAAUCGUCUAUUGAUUUUGAAAUCAAGCAACGAAAGAUCACAAUGACAUACAAAUCUGUACAUGAAUCUAUUAAAUACCGUGUUAAAAAGCAUUAGAAUCGCCAUGCGUACACUGAUUCAAAAGAUUGACUCCAAUUAAAAUACAAGUUUGAAAUAUUAAAAAGCAUAAUCCUAGAUUAACGAAUUUUGAAACACCCACACUAUUUGUAAAUCAACAUCAAAUUUAAACAUUCAAUGACAAAGAGAUUAAAGAUUAAGCCCUCAUUUAUUUCAGAGGUCCUUAUGAUUUUGUCCUGGGUAAUUAUUUUGUCCGUCCAUCAUGAAGAGUGGAGGUGCUUUUUGUCUUUUGCUGCUCGGGGUUACGACAGUGCUAGCUUCACCAGUACACAAAGUUGAAGGCAGAAACUUUGGACCUGGACCAGUGUCACGUGACGAAAUUGAAGAAGCAAUAAAACAUGUCCCAAAAGAAACCAUUCGUUUUAUUGCCAAACAAAUGAAUGAAAAGAUAAAAGACGCUGUAGUAAUGAUAGAAAAAAUGAGGAAAAUUGACGAGCCAAUCCGUGAGGACAUGACACCGGACCCGGAACUAAUGAGAGAGUCGGGAUUUCUAAUGGAGGAUUCCACAGAGCUGUCAGAGAUUUCUAACCGCCUUCCUCAUCUGGAAGUACAGGAUAUGCAUUUUUUGCAAAAGUGCAUAGCGAGAGCCAAGGACACGGAUUUCGAUCAGUUCAAUAACAGGCGGGACUUGUUAAACGAAGUUCUACGACAAGUUUUUGACUGUGCAGCCAUUGGAAUGUCUCUGCUGGAAUCAGAGACCAAUCUGGAUGACUUGACAGAUGAUCAACUGACUGUCGAUGAGAUAGUUAAUCGAAUGGUGAAAGUCCAGCAAAUGUCCCUCGAGUUUCUUCAUCUCGGUGGUUUUGUCUUCAAAUUUUCCAGAAGAGUAGAAAAGGACUUUGGAAAAGUCUCUAACAACGAACUGGUUCAUGGAGGAGAUGAACAGCAAGAUGGAAAGUACGGUCAAAGAGACGGCGCCGAGAAUGAAAAGGAUAAACCAAAGAAUGGAGAGCCAAAAAAAGUGGAUGACGUCAAAAAUGAUGGACAAAAAGACAGUCCAUUAGAAGAAAACAAGGAAUUCAAGGAAAACACGGGUCCUGGUCUUAAAGAUGAUACCAAUUUCGACAAAGCUGUACAAGAAUUAAAAAGGAUUUUCGGCAAUGGGGACUUGGGAUCAAUCAAAAAGAAACUCCCGAAAGUGAAAGUAAUUAAAGACAAAUUAUCAAAUGUUAUGAAUGGAAAGGGUAACAAGGAUGGUAAAUAUGACACGGGAAGCGAUUCACAAGAAAACAAAAAAGCUAACUCGAAAUGGGAUUCGGUUAAAUCAAAAGUUCAAGCUAUUCUGGGAUUUGACAACAGGGUUGAUAAGGAUUCUGUAACAGUAGAUGGAACAAAGAAUGGCCCGAACGAUAAACCUAGUCCUAAGCCUAAGGAGGAACAGGAUAAAACAGGAGAAAAGGAUGGACGCAGUAAAAUAGAUAGGAGACAACUAUUGGGUAUUCUUCAAAUCCUAGCCAAGCAGCGAGAAAUCAUGAAAAGAGCACAUAUCAAACAAUAAGAUUCGUUAAAAUCGAUUGAAAAAUAAAGACCAUUUUAUUCAUUCAAACAACGAAUGUGAUUCAAUACAAAUAUUAAAUACACUAUGAGAUUGUAGAAAAUAAAUUUGAAAACAAACAUAAAAUUGAUUAACAGUUGUUUGUAAUAAUGCGAGAUCAUCUAA